AUGGAGACCGAGGGACUACACCUCGACCACAGUUCGGCUCAAGCUCCUUUCGGGCUUGACGCAUAUAAUAGGAAUCUCACUUGGGACGCCAUAGAACGUCCACCAAAGGCAAGAAACAACUUGGAUCAGCCGAUGGAGGAAUUACAAUAUCAAACCGAGACCCUGACUUCCUCAGGGAGCGAUGGCGGCUCCACCCAUCAGUGA